UUUAUUUCCGAGCCCACUGGGGCCCGAUCCCGUUGACGAGUUGUUGACCGAAAGUCGGAUGCAAGCGAUCACGCAGCGUCAUCCGCAAUCACCGAAGAAGGGGAGUGGACCGUCGCCCUUACUGAUGGAUCCCAAAUAAGUGGUUCCAGGUUUGGCAUGGGUUAAAGAAGUACGACUUGCGUGACAACUUGGAAUUCCGGCAGGAGUAUGAUCACCAGUUGUGCGUGAUGAUGCCGAUCGAGUAUCCUGUUCAAGGACGUCAACCGCUCCGCUUGUUGCAGGACAUGGAUGCCCUGUUGAACGGUCCCUACGGGAUUCUCAAGCGGGACCGUCACGAGUUGGUAGCCGUGAUCCGGAUAGGGGCGAAAAACAUCGACUUCGACAUGACGGGAAUUGCGAAAAUUGCGGCCAAGAUUGACUUCUUGAUGUUUUGUUUGACCCGCAACGGCAACUGGAAGCCGCAUCCCGAUCCGAACCCGGAACAACACUCCAUGACCGAGUUGAAAAGAUUCUUUAUCUUCUUUGGUCACACGAAGACGAUGACGCUCGAUCAGGGUAUCCACACCGAUCAUUGGAAAUGCCAGGUGGAGACGUUUAUGGACCAGGACGUGGAGGAAGCAGUGAAGAAGUGGGUGCACUACGAUCACCUGAAGGAGUGCCGGGAGUUCCGCAAGAAAAUGGACGAGGUGGAGCCGGGAUCAUGGGAGCGACUACGGAAAUGGAUCCGGUGCGAGGACGAGAACGCAUAAGAGAAAUGCACAAAAACAUGCAUGCGUUUUGACUUAGAAUAAAAAGGUGAAAGAGAGUCUAAAAAUAAUCUACACUCCUAGAUAGCCUCUAAAAGUAGAUUGAAGAACCUGAUUUCCUUGACACUCGAACACCGGGGAAUUGCGAAGUUGUAAACUAGAAUUUCUGUCUGCAGAAUGGGUGUUGUCAAGGGAGUCGGUUCGUGCGUUAUGUUUAUCGUUCGUACUGAAAACUCGUAUACGUGCACGUCUACUCGUCUUCGUACAACGUUUACUAACCUAACUAGAAACUACAUGAAUAUUCAAUGGACUUAACUAAACCUGCCUUCGUGGCUCAAGGACCCGGAUUUUUGUUUAUUGCGUGUUGCUGACCUGGU